GAAGAAGCAAAGUUCAUUGCUUUAUACGUGGUUGAGUAGACGAGUUUUUCCCUUUUACGGCACACACAAGAGUUUUCUACUUGAAGCUUCCAACGGUUUCCCCGGUGGUAAAGCAAAGGUUUAUUGGCAAAGCAGUUGGUAAAUGACUCCAAGUGACUGUUGUACCCUCCAAGAUUUUUGUCCUGUUUAUAAAGAUUCCGAGGCUGAAAGGUAGAAGCUUCCAUUUCCGCCCGUUUAUUCGUUGAUCGUUGCAUCUAAGCCACCCAACAGCCAUGGUGAAGAGCUUUCUCUCUGUCGUCGUUCUUCUGUUUUUCUCUUUGUUUUGUUUCUCCGAAAUCGAUGGAAGUGAACAGAGAGAAUUCGAUUACUUCGUUUUAGCUCUUCAAUGGCCUGGAACUUUCUGUCAGAGAACCCAUCAUUGCUGCAAGUCCAACGGUUGUUGCAGAAGCUCUAAUGGUCCAACAGAGUUCACAAUACAUGGGCUAUGGCCUGAUUACAAUGGUGGAACCUGGCCAGCUUGUUGCACUCAAUCCAACUUUGAUAUAAAAAAGGUCUCAUCUUUGCUUGGAGAGCUUCAAAAGUAUUGGCCAUCUUUAAGUUGUAGCGCAUCAUCUACUUGCCAUGGUGGAAGAGGACUCUUUUGGGCCCAUGAGUGGGAGAAACACGGGACUUGUUCAUUUCCAGUAAUACAAGAUGAGUUCAGUUAUUUCUCAACAACUCUCGAUCUCUAUUUCAAAUAUAAUGUCACGAAAAUUCUGAACGAGGCUGGAUUUGCACCCUCUAAUUCUGAGAAGUAUCCUUUGGGAGGAAUUGUUUCCGCCAUUGAGAAUGCUGUGGGGGCAUCUCCAUUGUUAGUGUGCUCACAUGGUGCUUUGGAGGAACUUCGUUUAUGCUUCUAUAAAGAUUUCAAGCCUCGUGAUUGCAUAAUUGGCUCUAGCACCCAAUUUGAACUACUUACUCCUAGAAGUUCCUGCCCCAGAUACAUCAGCCUGCCACAAUAUGUGCCAUUACAACUUGAAAAUGGUAAAGAUGAAUUUCCAUGGUUAUUUGAUAUUGAAGCCAUGUAAAUCACCUACUUGAAUGUAUUCAUACUGCUAUCUAAUCUCUGUAUGUAAAUUUAAUUUAAGAGGAGAACCAUGAGUUGUCACAAUAAUUGACAUAAAAAGGAGACUUCAACAUUUAUCAAUUAGUUGUUUUCUUUAUGUGGUCAUUAUAUCUAUUAUCCAGAUGUACUGGAAAUAUAGGGGACAAGUCAUCGUGUAAAGGUGGAACUUAGGUUCACUCAAAUAUAUUAAUAUCGGAAGGCAGUUGCAAAUUUCA